GCGAGUAACCAUGCAGUCACAACCACUGGCCCGGAUAGGGCUAGGGCAGGUCCGCCUCGGCCUGCUUGGCCGCGAGCGGAGCAAUGUCCUCUGCUACUCCUCAAUUGCCGGAAUCGAGAAGGUGCCGAUGAGCAAGUUCGAGCCGACGGAGUAUGUAAACGACCGCUACAAGGCGAUUGAGGACCGCCUUAAGGUGGUUCGCAAGCGGCUGAACCAGCCUCUGACUCUGGCAGAGAAGAUCGUGUAUGGUCAUCUCGAUGACCCGGAAACAGCGGACAUGAAGCGCGGCGUGUCUUACUUGAAGCUUCGACCUGAUCGUGUGGCCAUGCAGGACGCCACCGCCCAGAUGGCCAUGCUGCAGUUUAUCUCGUCUGGUCUGCCAAAGACCAUGGUGCCUUCUACUAUCCAUUGCGAUCACCUGAUUGAGGGGACGACGUCACCGCAGCCAGACAGGGAGGGCAAGUUUGGUGGCGACGCUGACUUGAAGCAUGCCGUGACGACUAACAAGGAAGUCUACGACUUCUUGGCCACUGCGGGCUCCAAGUAUGGCGUUGGCUUCUGGCGACCGGGCUCCGGUAUUAUUCACCAAAUCGUGCUGGAGAACUACGCCAUUCCGGGCUUGAUGAUGAUUGGCACGGACUCGCACACCCCCAAUGCGGGCGGUCUAGGCACGUGCGCGGUGGGUGUGGGUGGUGCGGAUGCGGUGGAUGUGAUGGCCGGAUUGCCCUGGGAGCUCAAGGCGCCGAAGGUGAUUGGCGUCAAGCUCACGGGCAAGAUGUCGCGCUGGACGUCCCCCAAGGAUGUUAUCCUCAAGGUAGCGGGUAUCCUCACUGUCAAGGGAGGCACGGGCGCCAUUGUGGAAUACUUCGGACCCGGCGUCGACCACAUGAGCUGCACCGGCAUGGCUACCGUUUGCAACAUGGGCGCUGAGAUUGGCGCUACGACGUCGAUCUUCCCGUACAACAAGCGCAUGCACGAUUACCUUGUGGCGACGGGCCGCGCGGGUGCUGCUUCCCUGUCGGACGCUUUCAAGGAGAACCUUCGUGCGGAUGAGGGCGCUUCUUACGACCAGCUGAUUGAGAUUAACCUGUCAGAGCUGGAGCCCCACAUCAACGGCCCUUUCACACCCGACUUGGCACACCCGCUGUCCAAGUUCGCUGAGGAGCUGCGGAAGAACAACUGGCCUUCGGAGCUCAAGGCCGGUCUCAUUGGCAGCUGCACCAACUCGUCGUAUGAGGACAUGGCGCGCGCUGCUUCCGUGGCCAAGCAGGCGCUUGCAGCCGGCAUCAAGGCUAAGGUUCCGUUCACUAUCUCGCCUGGCAGCGAGCAGAUUCGCGCCACCAUUGCGCGCGACGGCAUUAUGGACGUCUUCGACAAGAUUGGUGGAACGGUACUGUCGAACAGCUGUGGUCCCUGUAUCGGCCAGUGGAAGCGCACGGAUGUGCCCAAGGGCGAGGCUAACUCGAUCAUUACCUCCUUCAACCGGAACUUCGCGGCUCGUAACGACGGCAACCCCGCUACGCACGCUUUCGUAGCCUCUCCGGAGCUGGUGACGGCGUAUGCUAUUGCAGGCGACCUGACUUUCAAUCCGGAGAAGGAUACGUUAGUUGGUGCGGAUGGCAAGGAGAUUAAGCUGGAGGCGCCGUUUGGCGACGAGCUGCCGGCUCGUGGCUUUGAUGCGGGUGCGAAUGUGUACCAGGCCCCCCCGGCCGCCCUGGAGGAGCGCGGCAAGUUGACGGUGAAGGUUGACCCUUCUUCGCAACGUCUGCAACUGCUGUCGCCAUUCAAGCCCUGGAACGGAGAUGAUAUUAAGGACGCCGUCGUCCUGAUUAAGGUCAAGGGCAAGUGUACAACGGAUCACAUCUCCAUGGCCGGACCAUGGCUCAAGUACCGUGGCCACCUGGACAACAUUUCCAACAACCUGCUCAUCGGUGCCAUUAACAUCGCAAACGGGAAGCCGAACGCUGUCAAAAACGUGGUGACGGGCGAGGAGGGUCCCGUUCCAGCGACUGCACGGGAUUACAAGGCUCGCGGUCUUUCCUGGGUCGUCGUGGGUGACGAGAACUACGGCGAGGGCAGCAGUCGUGAGCACGCCGCGCUGGAGCCACGCCACCUGGGGGGCGUUGCCAUCAUUGUCAAGUCCUUUGCCCGCAUCCAUGAGACGAACCUGAAGAAGCAGGGUAUGCUGCCCCUCACGUUUGCCAACCCAGCUGACUAUGAGAAGAUCGACCCAACCGACCACAUCUCUAUUGAGGGCCUGAAGACGUUCACGCCCGGUGUGCCGCUGACGUUGGUUGGCAAGAAGGCAGACGGUUCCACAUACAGCUUCCCGGUCAACCACACCUUCAACGAAAACCAGAUUAACUGGUUCAAGCACGGCUCGGCUCUCAAUGCUAUGGCCGCAGCAUUCAAGGCAGGCAAGAUGUAAAUUGGACGACUGGCAUCGGGGAUUGUCUUGCUGAUUUUGGAUGCGGAAAUCGCUCCGCGGCUUAUGCUUUGGCCCUUGAUUGUGCUGUAUGUGUGAUUAGCCUGUCAAAGACCCUUGACAGCAAGGAAAAUGGCCGCAGCAUAAUAAAGGGCAUCCGAAAUCAGCAAGCAAGUUCUAUUGUCCUUUUGCGCGGUAUGGCGGCAGCAUGAACCAGUCUAUUGGCAACGUCUAGGAUUCGCGGGAAAUUAUGUCUGCAGUUGCAUUUAUGGCGCGUAGUUUCCCCGUGUUUUGGGCCUUCGCCUGCAGGCGUUCUGCAUGAUCUGUACAUGUGGUUGUAGUUUACGCUGUCCUUGUUACUGUUUUGUAGGGGUUCUGCUGCUUUUGCCCUUAGGGCGACAACUGUACGCAUUGAAGUUUAGAAGCCUGUGGACCAGUGUGGUGCUAGGAACAUGCUUUCAUGUGUAGGGAGGUGCAAUUGACGCUGUGCGUCCAUUAAACUGCAUGGACUUUUAACUAGACGGAAACGAUAUUGCGUUCGACGUGUUCGAGGCGCGUCGUAAUAAUGGUACAUUGAUGUGUGUUUGCUAAAUACCCCUGAUGCGUUUCAUAAGGGCGGAAGGUGGAUGAUGUGUUUGGUGAUGGUGUGUGUGUGUAAAAGCCUCUUGAGCCAUAUGCGCUAUAUUCCUUUGUUAUGCACCUAUUC